AUGACUGGGGAACUAAAUGAGUUAAUUCAGAUCGUUGGAGACGAUCUACUCGUCACAAAUCCUGAACGAAUAGAAAGGGCUAUCGAGACGAGUGCCUGUAAUGGCUUGCUGCUUAAAGUGAAUCAAAUUGGAACAGCGACAGAAGCUAUUGAGGCCAACAAUCUCUCACGAAAUGCGGGCUUCGGCGUGAUGGUGAGCCACAGGUCUGGAGAGAUGGAAGAUGCUUUCAUAGCAGCGCUCUGCGCAGGACUCGGCACCGGCCAAAUUAAAGCGGGGGCACCUUGUCGAUCCGAGCGGCUUGCCAAGUACAACGAACUACUGCGAAUUGAAGAAGAGAUGGGAGAUCAAGCUGUUUUCGCGGGUGAAUAUUGGAGAGACCCGUGGAUGCUGCAGGACUCCUCUAAAGGAGCUUCGAAUUGGUAGUCAACUCCCACGUAUUGGGCAUUCCUCCACGAUUACAAACGGUCGUCGCUGUUUAAAUGAUGCAAUUUGACGAGUUCUCGCCGAGACGAAGCUAUUAUCCUCACCUUGAAUCGGAUGUCGCAUACGGAUUAGGGCUGGAGGCUUCGCUAAAUACGGAGGCCGAUUAACAUUUAGAGAUGAAUCUGAAGAUAACCGAAAGAAAAAACACAGAAACCCGUUUGGCGUAAACUCUAUUGAUCCUGA